CCCUGAGAUAAAGAGACAGUCACUUUACUUUGAAAUCCUCUCUUCGGGUAUGUUUCCUGCUGAAGUGUAACUUGACGCAGCGCGGUGGACCACCGCAUCCAGCAUCCAGGAGGAGACUGAAGGGUGAAGGGCUGACGAGCUGCAGCUUGUGAGUGUUUGUUUAUCCUAGCUGAGGUGGAGUGCAGAGGUCAUCAUGGGGGAACUGUUCAGAAGUGAGGAGAUGACUCUGGCCCAGCUCUUUCUCCAGUCAGAGGCAGCCUACUGCUGUGUGAGCGAGCUGGGAGAACUGGGCAUGGUCCAGUUUAGAGAUCUGAAUCCAGAUGUAAACGUGUUCCAGCGCAAGUUUGUGAAUGAAGUGAGGAGAUGCGAGGAGAUGGACAGGAAGCUGAGGUUUGUUGAGAAGGAGAUCAAAAAAGCCAACAUCCCGACAGUGGACACUGGAGAGAACCCGGAAGUACCUUUUCCCAGAGACAUGAUUGAUCUGGAGGCCACAUUUGAGAAGCUGGAGAAUGAACUAAAGGAGAUAAACACCAACCAGGAAGCCCUGAAGAAGAACUUCCUGGAGCUGACGGAGCUCAAACACAUCCUCCAUCGAACACAGCAGUUUUUUAAUGAGAUGGAGGAUCCUAACCUGCUGGAGGAGUCAUCGGCUCUGAUGGAGGGUAGUGAGGGGGGCCGCGGGGCCCCACUCAGACUAGGUUUUGUGGCCGGAGUGAUCAGCAGGGAGAGGAUUCCCACCUUUGAGCGGAUGCUGUGGAGGGUGUGUCGUGGUAAUGUCUUUUUAAGGAAGGCAGAGAUCGAGGACCCACUAGAGGACCCCACCACAGGAGAUCAAGUCCACAAGUCAGUGUUCAUCAUCUUCUUCCAGGGUGACCAGCUGAAGAACCGGGUGAAGAAGAUCUGUGAGGGGUUCCGUGCGUCCCUCUACCCCUGCCCAGAGACCCCGCAGGAGAGGAAGGAGAUGCUGGCUGGAGUCAACAGCCGCAUCGAUGACCUCCAAAUGGUGCUGAACCAAACCGAGGACCACCGUCAGCGAGUGCUUCAGGCUGCUUCUAAGACCAUGCGGGUGUGGUUCAUCAAGGUGAGGAAGAUGAAGGCCAUCUACCAUACGCUGAACCUCUGCAACAUCGACGUCACCCAGAAGUGUCUGAUAGCUGAGGUGUGGUGUCCUGUCUCAGACCUGGACUCUAUCCAGUUUGCUCUGCGCAGAGGAACGGAGAGGAGUGGAUCAACAGUGCCCUCCAUCCUAAACAGGAUGCAGACCAAACAGACUCCACCCACCUUCAACAAGACCAACAAGUUCACGUCAGGCUUCCAGAACAUUGUGGACGCCUACGGCAUCGGAAGCUACCGAGAAAUCAAUCCAGCUCCGUACACCAUCAUCACCUUCCCCUUCCUGUUUGCUGUGAUGUUUGGUGACAUGGGGCACGGCCUGUUGAUGACCUGCGCUGCCCUCUACCUGGUCGUUCGAGAGAGUCGCCUCCUCGCCCAGAAGAGUGACAAUGAGAUGUUCAACAUGAUUUUUGCUGGGCGCUACAUCAUCCUUCUGAUGGGGAUCUUCUCCGUCUACACAGGCGUCAUUUACAAUGACUGUUUCUCUAAGUCACUCAACAUGUUUGGGUCUGGCUGGAGUGUCAGGCCCAUGUUUGGCCCCAAAGGAGCCAACUGGACGUCUGAGACUCUUGAUGGAAAUCCAGUUCUCCAGUUAGAUCCUGCUGUUCCCGGUGUGUUCGGUGGACCUUAUCCACUCGGAAUUGACCCGAUCUGGAAUAUUGCCACCAACAAGCUGACUUUCCUCAACUCAUUUAAGAUGAAGAUGUCUGUCAUCCUGGGCGUCAUCCACAUGAUAUUUGGAGUGUCUCUCAGCCUCUUCAACCACCUGUACUUCAAGAAGCCUCUGAACAUUUUCCUGGGCUUCAUCCCAGAGAUUGUCUUCAUGGCGAGCUUGUUUGGCUACCUUGUCCUGCUGAUCUUCUACAAGUGGACAGCCUACAAUGCCCAGACUUCCAAGGAUGCUCCCAGCCUCCUCAUCCACUUUAUCAACAUGUGUCUCUUCAACUACGGUGACCCCACCAACAAACGCCUCUACGAGGGACAGAUGGCGAUCCAGGUUUUGUUGGUGCUGAUUGCUCUUGCAUGUGUUCCCUGUAUGCUGAUUGUGAAAACUAUGGUGCUUCGGCGUCAGCACCUGUGGAAAAAGCACCUGUCACAGAAGAGGGAAGAAACCCCUGCAGAGAAUCUAGAGCAGUCUUUAGAGCAAACAGGCGUGUCCUCAUCAUGCACCGGACUCACUCAACAGGGCACGCAGAAGUUUGGAGGGGUGCGGGUGGGCAACGGGCCCACAGAAGACGAAGCUGGCAUCAUGGACCACGACCAGCUCUCCCAGCACUCAGAAGAAGGUGAUGAGCACUCAGAGGAAGAACCGUUUAAUUUCGGCGAUGUAGCUGUCCACCAGGCUAUCCACACCAUAGAGUACUGCCUGGGGUGCAUCUCCAACACAGCCUCUUACCUCCGCCUCUGGGCCCUCAGCCUGGCUCAUGCACAGCUCUCAGAGGUACUCUGGUCCAUGGUGAUGCACCUCGGCCUCUCCUCCAGGAGCGGGGGCGGGUUCUUCGGCCUGUCCAUCAUCUUCGCAUUCUUCGCCAUGCUAACAGUCGCCAUCCUGCUCGUGAUGGAGGGGCUGUCAGCCUUCCUGCAUGCCCUGCGUCUGCACUGGGUUGAGUUCCAGAACAAGUUCUACUCGGGCCAGGGCUUCAAGUUUGUCCCCUUCUCAUUCGAGAGCAUCCUGGAGGGAAGAUUUGACGAGUGAUCGGGCCUCAGCCCAUCCAGCAGUCUUCAGUGUUCCCUCCCCUCCUCUGUGUGUGUUUGUGUGGGCGUGCAUGAGCCCCAGUGCAGUGUUUUGUCUCCCCCUGGUGGCACUUUGUGAAACUUUAUUGUGUAUGAGCUGUAGUUUAGUCCCUGUGAAGUGAAGGGUUUUCCUGGGUUAUACCCACACUCUUGUAUGCUGCUGUCAUUUCCUGGUCUUUGCAUUUAGACUGAAACACAGAAAUCACAAAAUCAGUCCAAACAUUUUCACAAAGGUCAAAUCAAGCUGAACAAAAGAAUAUUUUCAUAUGCAGAAGUUAUGUGUAUGCAGAGGUGUAUCAGGCGCGCCCACAAGUUUAUAUAUAAUCAAGCAUAAGUGAAUAAAUGAUCGCGUCUAAAGUC